CCUCCAACAAGAUGGCGGCGGCCAAGUAGCGAGGGGGCGGAGUGUGGCCGCCGGAAGCCCGCCCGGGGCCGUGGGGAUCUGCGGACGAAGGCCCGGAGCAGCGGGCCGAGGCUGGGGCGAUGCUGUUCCCAGGAGGCGCUGUCGACUAUUGGUGAGGAAGGUGGAGGACGGAGUUGCCAGCCUGGAUCCGUGUCCGGUCACCGCUUUGCCGACCUCUAUAGCACCCCUCUACUCUGGUCCCGCGGUGGCGGGGGCAGUGUCCGCCGGAGAGGAAGCGCCCGGGCUGAGCCCGUGUUUCUGGCCGCGGGGCGAGCGUCUGGCAGAUUUCUUUAUUUAUGCAUACAAGAACUGGAGUACAGGCCAGAGGUCUGGGGUGAGGGAGUCACCAGAGACAGACUGAGGAACAGAACAGGUCCCAGGGUAGCCAAGGAUGGCUGCAGCUUCAUAUGAUCAGUUGUUAAAGCAAGUUGAGGCACUGAAGAUGGAGAACUCAAAUCUUCGACAAGAGCUAGAAGAUAAUUCCAAUCAUCUUACAAAACUGGAAACUGAGGCAUCUAAUAUGAAGGAAGUACUUAAACAGCUACAAGGAAGUAUUGAAGAUGAAGUUAUGACUUCUGGACAGAUUGAUUUAUUAGAGCGCCUCAAAGAACUUAACUUAGAUAGCAGUAAUUUCCCAGGAGUGAAACUGCGAACAAAAAUGUCCCUCCGUUCUUAUGGAAGCCGUGAAGGAUCCAUCUCUAGUCGUUCAGGAGAGUGCAGUCCUGUUCCUAUGGGUUCAUUUCCAAGAAGAGGGCUUGUGAAUGGAAGCAGAGAAAAUACUGGUUAUUUAGAAGAACUUGAGAAAGAGAGAUCAUUACUUCUUGCUGAUCUUGACAAAGAAGAAAAGGAAAAAGACUGGUAUUAUGCUCAACUUCAGAAUCUCACAAAAAGAAUAGAUAGUCUUCCUUUAACUGAAAAUUUUUCCUUACAAACAGAUAUGACCAGAAGGCAAUUGGAAUAUGAAGCAAGGCAAAUCAGAGUUGCAAUGGAAGAGCAACUAGGUACUUGUCAGGAUAUGGAAAAACGAGCACAGCGAAGAGUAACCAGAAUUCAACAAAUAGAGAAGGAUAUACUUCGUAUACGACAGCUUUUACAGUCCCAAGCGACAGAAACAGAGAGGUCAUCUCAGAGCAAGCAUGAAGCCGGCUCACCUUCUGAGCGGCAGAAUGAAGGUCAGGGAGUGGCAGAAAUGAACAUAGCAACGUCUGGUAGUGGUCAGGGGUCAACUGCACGAAUGGAUCAUGAAACUGCCAGUGUUUUGAGUUCUAGUAGCACACACUCUGCUCCUCGAAGGCUGACAAGUCACCUGGGAACCAAGGUGGAAAUGGUGUAUUCAUUGUUGUCAAUGCUUGGUACUCAUGAUAAGGAUGAUAUGUCGCGAACUUUGCUAGCUAUGUCUAGCUCCCAAGACAGCUGUAUAUCCAUGCGACAGUCUGGAUGUCUUCCUCUCCUCAUCCAGCUUUUACAUGGCAAUGACAAAGACUCUGUGUUGUUGGGAAAUUCCCGGGGCAGUAAAGAGGCUCGGGCCAGGGCCAGUGCAGCACUCCACAACAUCAUUCACUCACAGCCUGAUGACAAGAGAGGCAGGCGUGAAAUCCGAGUCCUUCAUCUUUUGGAACAGAUACGAGCAUACUGUGAAACCUGUUGGGAGUGGCAGGAAGCCCAUGAACAAGGCAUGGACCAGGACAAAAAUCCAAUGCCAGCACCUGUUGAACAUCAGAUCUGCCCUGCUGUGUGUGUUCUCAUGAAGCUUUCCUUUGAUGAAGAACAUAGACAUGCAAUGAAUGAACUUGGUAGGAAGGCUACCCUGGGCAUUUCAUCACAGGAGCUAGGGCAGGGGCUUUCAGGGGGACUACAGGCCAUUGCAGAAUUAUUGCAAGUAGACUGUGAAAUGUAUGGGCUUACUAAUGACCACUACAGUAUUACAUUAAGACGAUAUGCUGGAAUGGCUUUGACAAACUUGACUUUUGGAGAUGUAGCCAACAAGGCUACAUUAUGCUCAAUGAAAGGCUGUAUGAGAGCACUUGUGGCCCAACUGAAAUCUGAAAGUGAGGACCUACAGCAGGUUAUUGCAAGUGUUUUGAGGAAUUUGUCUUGGCGAGCAGAUGUAAAUAGUAAAAAGACACUGCGUGAAGUUGGAAGUGUGAAAGCAUUGAUGGAAUGUGCUUUGGAAGUUAAAAAGGAAUCGACUCUCAAAAGUGUAUUGAGUGCCUUAUGGAAUUUGUCAGCACAUUGCACUGAGAAUAAAGCUGAUAUAUGUGCUGUAGAUGGCGCACUUGCAUUUUUGGUUGGCACUCUCACUUAUCGGAGCCAGACAAAUACUUUGGCCAUUAUUGAAAGUGGAGGUGGAAUAUUACGGAAUGUGUCCAGUUUGAUUGCUACAAAUGAGGACCACAGGCAAAUCCUAAGGGAGAACAACUGUCUGCAAACCUUAUUACAACACUUGAAAUCUCACAGUUUGACAAUUGUCAGUAAUGCCUGUGGAACCUUGUGGAAUCUCUCAGCAAGAAAUCCCAAAGACCAGGAAGCAUUAUGGGACAUGGGGGCAGUCAGCAUGCUCAAGAACCUCAUUCAUUCAAAGCAUAAAAUGAUUGCUAUGGGAAGUGCCGCAGCUUUAAGGAAUCUCAUGGCAAAUAGACCUGCUAAAUAUAAGGAUGCCAAUAUUAUGUCUCCUGGCUCAAGCUUGCCAUCUCUUCAUGUCAGGAAGCAAAAGGCCCUGGAAGCAGAAUUAGAUGCUCAGCAUUUAUCAGAAACUUUUGACAAUAUCGAUAAUUUAAGUCCCAAGGCAUCUCAUCGUAGUAAGCAAAGACAUAAGCAAAGUCUCUAUGGUGACUAUGUUUUUGAUAGCAAUCGACAUGAUGACAAUAGGUCAGACAGUUUUAAUACUGGAAACGUCACUGUCCUUUCACCAUAUUUAAAUACCACAGUGUUACCCAGCUCCUCUUCACCAAGGGGAAGUUUAGAUAGUUCUCGUUCUGAAAAAGAUAGAAGUUUAGAGAGAGAACAAGGAAUUAGCCUGGGCAACUACCACCCAGCAACAGAAAAUUCAGGAACCUCUUCAAAGAGAGGUUUGCAGAUCUCUACCACGGCAGCCCAGAUUGCUAAAGUUAUGGAAGAAGUAUCAGCCAUUCAUACCUUCCAGGAAGACAGAAGUUCUGGGUCUACCACUGAAUUGCACUGUGGGACAGAUGAGAGGACUGCAGUAAGAAGAAGUUCUACCAUCCACACACAUUCAAAUGCUUACAACUUCACUAAGUCAGAAAAUUCAAAUAGGACAUGUGCUAUGCCUUAUGCCAAGUUGGAAUAUAAGAGAUCUUCAAAUGAUAGUUUAAAUAGUGUCAGCAGCAGUGAUGGUUAUGGUAAAAGAGGUCAAAUGAAACCAUCAAUUGAAUCUUAUUCUGAAGAUGAUGAAAGUAAAUUUUGUAGCUAUGGACAAUAUCCAGCUGACCUGGCCCAUAAAAUACAUAGUGCAAAUCAUAUGGAUGAUAAUGAUGGAGAACUGGAUACACCAAUAAAUUAUAGUCUUAAAUAUUCAGAUGAGCAACUAAAUUCUGGGAGGCAGAGUCCUUCACAGAAUGAAAGAUGGGCAAGACCUAAACAUGUAAUAGAAGAUGAAAUAAAACAAAGUGAGCCAAGACAAUCAAGAAGUCAAAGCACAACUUAUCCUGUAUAUACUGAGAGCACUGAUGAUAAACACCUCAAGUUCCAACCACAUUUCGGACAGCAAGAAUGUGUUUCCUCAUUUAGGUCAAGAGGAGCCAGUGGUUCAGAAACAAAUCGAGUGGGUUCUAAUCAUGGAAUUAAUCAAAAUGUAGGCCAGUCUUUGUGUCAGGACGAUGACUAUGAAGACGAUAAACCAACCAACUAUAGUGAACGUUACUCUGAGGAAGAACAGCAUGAGGAAGAAGAGAGACCAACAAAUUAUAGCAUAAAAUAUAAUGAAGAAAAACAUCAUGUGGAUCAGCCUAUUGAUUAUAGUUUAAAAUAUGCCACAGACAUAUCUUCCUCACAGAAACCAUCAUUUUCAUUCUCAAAGAGUUCUUCUGGGCAGAACACUAAAACUGAACACAUCUCUUCAAACAGUGAAAAUACAUCUGCACCUUCGUCUAAUGCCAAGAGGCAGAAUCAGCUCCACCCAAGUUCAGCACAGACCAGAAGUGGUCAGACACAGAAAGCCACCUCUUGCAAAGUUCCCUCUAUCAACCAAGAAACAAUACAGACUUACUGUGUAGAAGAUACACCAAUAUGUUUUUCAAGGUGUAGUUCAUUAUCAUCUUUGUCAUCAGCUGAAGAUGAAAUAGGAUGUGACCAGGCAACACAGAAAACAGAGUCCGCUAAUACUCUACAAAUAGCAGAAAUUAAAGACAACGGUGGAACUAGAUCAACUGAAGAUUCUGUGAGUGAAGUUCCAACAGUGGCCCAGCACAUUAGAACCAAGUCUAGCAGACUCCAGGCUUCUGGUUUAUCUUCAGAUUCAAGCAGGCACAAAGCUGUUGAAUUUUCUUCAGGGGCCAAGUCUCCAUCAAAAAGUGGUGCUCAGACACCUAAAAGUCCACCAGAGCACUAUGUUCAGGAGACUCCACUCAUGUUUAGCAGAUGUACCUCUGUCAGUUCACUUGAUAGUUUUGAGAGUCGUUCAAUUGCCAGCUCUGUUCAGAGUGAACCCUGCAGUGGGAUGGUAAGUGGCAUUAUAAGCCCCAGUGACCUUCCAGAUAGCCCUGGACAAACCAUGCCACCAAGCAGAAGUAAAACCCCUCCUCCUCAAACAGUUCCAACUAAACAGGAAGUGCCUAAAAACAAACUACCUACUGCUGAAAAGAGGGAGAGUGGACCUAAGCAAGCUGCUGUAAGUGCUGCAGUACAGAGGGUCCAAGUUCUUCCAGAUGCUGAUACUUUAUUACAUUUUGCCACAGAAAGUACUCCAGAUGGAUUUUCUUGUUCAUCUAGCCUGAGUGCUCUGAGCCUCGAUGAGCCAUUUAUACAGAAAGAUGUGGAGUUAAGAAUAAUGCCUCCAGUUCAGGAAAAUGACAAUGGGAAUGAAACAGAAUCUGAGCAGCCUGAAGAAUCAAAUGAAAACCCAGAAAAAGAGACAGAAAAACCUACUGAUUCUGAAAAAGAUCUAUUAGAUGAUUCAGAUGAAGAUGAUAUUGAAAUACUAGAAGAAUGUAUUAUCUCUGCCAUGCCAACAAAAUCUUCUCGCAGAGCCAAAAAACCAGCUCAGACCGCUUCAAAAUUACCUCCUCCUGUGGCAAGGAAACCAAGUCAACUGCCUGUAUAUAAACUUCUGCCAUCACAAAACAGAUUGCAAGCACAGAAGCAUGUUAGCUUUACACCAGGAGAUGAUAUGCCACGGGUAUAUUGUGUAGAAGGGACACCUAUCAACUUUUCCACAGCUACAUCUCUAAGUGAUCUAACAAUAGAAUCCCCUCCAAAUGAGUUAGCUGCUGGAGAAGGGGGUAGAACAGUGGCACAGUCUUGUGAAAUUGAAAAACGAGAUACCAUUCCUACGGAAGGCAGAAGUACCGAUGAGGCUCAGAGAGGGAAAACCUCAUCUAUAACUAUACCUGAACUGGAUGACAGUAAAACAGAAGAAGGUGAUAUUCUUGCAGAAUGCAUCAAUUCUGCUAUGCCCAAAGGAAAAAGUCACAAGCCUUUCCGUGUGAAAAAGAUAAUGGACCAGGUCCAGCAAGCUUCUAUGUCUUCAUCUGGAACUAACAAAAAUCAAUUAGAUGGCAACAAGAAAAAACCCACUUCGCCAGUUAAACCUAUUCCACAAAACACUGAAUAUAGGACACGUGUAAGAAAAAAUACAGACUCAAAAAAUAGUAUGAAUGCUGAAAGAACUUUCUCAGACAACAAAGAUUCUAAGAAACAGAACUUGAAAAAUAACUCCAAGGACUUCCAUGAUAAACUUCCAAAUAAUGAAGAUCGAAUCCGAGGGAGUUUUACUUUUGAUUCACCCCAUCAUUACACACCUAUUGAAGGAACGCCUUACUGUUUUUCACGAAAUGAUUCUUUGAGUUCUCUAGAUUUUGAUGAUGAUGAUGUUGACCUUUCCAGGGAAAAGGCUGAAUUAAGAAAGGGGAAAGAAAAUAAGGAAUCAGAAGCUAAAGUCAGCAGCCACACAGAGCUAACUUCCAAUCAGCAGUCAGCUCAUAAGCCACAAACUGUUACAAAACACACAAUAAAUCGAGGUCAGUCUAAACCCAUGCUGCAGAAGCAAUCCACUUUUCCCCAGUCAUCCAAAGACAUACCAGAUAGAGGGGCAGCAACUGAUGAAAAAUUACAGAAUUUUGCUAUUGAAAAUACUCCAGUUUGCUUUUCCCAAAAUUCCUCUCUAAGUUCUCUUAGUGACAUUGAUCAAGAAAACAACAACAAAGAAAAUGAGCCUAUCAAAGCAACAGAGCCCCCUGACUCACAGGGAGAACCAAGUAAAGCUCAAGCAUCAGGUUAUGCUCCAAAGUCAUUUCAUGUUGAAGAUACCCCGGUUUGUUUCUCAAGAAACAGUUCUCUCAGUUCUCUUAGUAUUGAUUCUGAAGAUGACCUGUUGCAGGAAUGUAUAAGUUCUGCAAUGCCAAAAAAGAAAAAGCCUUCAAGACUCAAGGGUGAUAAUGAAAAGCAUAGUCCUAGACAUGUGGGUGGCAUAUUAGCAGAAGAUUUGACACUUGACUUGAAAGAUGUGCAGAGACCAGAUUCAGAACAUGGUUUAUCCCCUGACUCAGAAAAUUUUGAUUGGAAAGCUAUUCAGGAAGGUGCAAAUUCCAUAGUAAGUAGUUUACAUCAAGCUGCUGCUGCUGCAUGUUUAUCUAGACAAGCCUCAUCUGAUUCAGAUUCCAUCCUUUCACUGAAAUCAGGAAUCUCUCUCGGAUCACCAUUUCAUCUUACACCUGAUCAAGAGGAAAAACCCUUUACAAGUAAUAAAGGCCCACGAAUUUUAAAACCAGGGGAGAAAAGUACACUGGAAACUAAAAAAAUUGAAUCUGAAAAUAAAGGAAUCAAAGGAGGAAAAAAAGUUUAUAAAAGUUUGAUUACUGGAAAAGUUCGAUCUAAUUCAGAAGUUUCAAGCCAAAUGAAGCAGUCCCUUCAAACAAACAUGCCUUCAAUCUCUCGAGGUAGGACAAUGAUUCAUAUUCCUGGAGUUAGAAAUAGCUCUUCUAGUACAAGUCCUGUUUCUAAAAAAGGCCCACCUCUUAAAACACCUGCCUCCAAAAGCCCUAGCGAAGGCCAGACAGCUACCACUUCUCCAAGAGGACCCAAGCCAUCUGUGAAGUCAGAAUUAAGUCCUGUCACUAGACCUGCUUCCCAGCCAGGUGGGUCAAAUAAAGGUCCUUCUAGAUCAGGGUCUAGAGAUUCCACUCCUUCAAGACCUGCCCAGCAGCCAUUAAGUAGACCUAUGCAGUCCCCAGGGCGAAAUUCAAUUUCUCCUGGUAGAAAUGGAAUAAGUCCUCCUAACAAAUUAUCUCAACUGCCAAGGACAUCAUCCCCUAGUACUGCUUCAACUAAGUCCUCAGGUUCUGGAAAAAUGCCGUACACAUCACCAGGCAGACAGCUGAGCCAGCAGAACCUUACCAAACAAACCGGUUUAUCAAAGAACGGCAGUAGUAUCCCAAGAAGUGAGUCUGCCUCCAAAGGAUUGAAUCAGAUCAGUAAUAGCAAUGGAUCCAAUAAAAAAGUAGAGCUUUCUAGAAUGUCUUCAACUAAAUCAAGUGGAAGUGAAUCUGAUAGAUCAGAGAGACCAGUAUUAGUACGCCAGUCAACUUUCAUCAAAGAAACCCCAAGCCCAACCCUUAGAAGAAAAUUGGAGGAAUCUGCUUCAUUUGAAUCUCUUUCUCCAUCUUCUAGACCAGAUUCUCCCACUAGAUCCCAGGUACAGACUCCAGUUUUAAGUCCUUCCCUUCCUGAUAUGUCCCUGUCCACACAUUCAUCUGUUCAGGCUGGUGGAUGGCGAAAACUCCCUCCCAAUCUGAGUCCCACUCUAGAGUAUGAUGAUGGAAGACCAGCAAAGCGCCAUGAUGUUGCCCGGUCCCAUUCUGAAAGCCCUUCCAGACUUCCAAUCAAUAGGGCAGGAACCUGGAAACGGGAGCACAGCAAACAUUCAUCAUCCCUUCCCCGAGUAAGCACUUGGAGAAGGACUGGAAGUUCAUCCUCAAUUCUUUCUGCUUCAUCAGAAUCUAGUGAAAAAGCAAAAAGUGAGGAUGAAAAACAGGUGAACUCGAGUUCAGGAACAAAACAAGCUAAAGAAAAUCAAAUAUUCACAAAAGGAACAUGGAGAAAAAUAAAAGAAAGUGAAAUUUCUCCCACAAGUACUUCUCAGACCACUUCCUCAGGUGCUGCAAAUGGUGCUGAAACAAAGACUCUGAUUUAUCAAAUGGCACCUGCUGUUUCUAAAACAGAGGAUGUGUGGGUGAGAAUUGAGGACUGUCCCAUUAACAACCCUAGAUCUGGAAGAUCUCCCACAGGAAAUGCUCCACCAGUGAUUGACAGUGUUUCAGAAAAGGGAAAUCCAGCUGCUAAGGAUGCAAAAGAUAAUCAGGGAAAACAAAAUGUGGGUAACAGCAGCACUACUAUACGCACUGUGGGUUUAGAAAACCGCCUGAACUCUUUUAUUCAGGUAGAUGCCCCAGACCAAAAAGGAACUGAUGCAAAAACGGGUCAAAACUCUGCCGCUGUGUCAGAGACUAAUGAAGGUUCUAUAGUUGAACGUACCCCAUUCAGUUCUAGCAGCUCAAGCAAACACAGUUCACCUAGUGGGACUGUUGCUGCCAGAGUGACUCCUUUUAAUUACAACCCGAGCCCUAGAAAAAGCAGCGCAGACAGCACUUCGGCCCGACCAUCUCAGAUCCCAACUCCAGUGAAUAACACUACCAAGAAACGAGAUUCCAAAACUGACAAUACAGAAUCCAGUGGAACUCAAAGUCCUAAGCGCCACUCUGGCUCCUACCUUGUGACAUCUGUUUAAAAGAGCUGGAAUAAUGAUGCUAAGAAGGUUAUGUGUUAAUUACAACUGCUAUGUAUAAAUUUUGUUUCAAAGGAAACUUUAAAAGACUGAUGAAAGUUUUUGUAAAUAGAUUUGAUUCUUGUUAGAGGGUUUUUGUUCUGAAAGCCAUAUUUGAUAGUAUACUUUGUCUUCACUGGUCAUAUUUUGGGACACAAUCCUGAUAGUUAGGAAGAAAAUAGUAAAGCCAAGUAUAUUUGUACAGUAUGUAUUACAUGUAAUUAAGUAGCAUCCCAUCCUUUAAUUAUUGCUUGUAUUAAAAUAAUGAACACUACAAAUAGAAGAUAUGAUACAUAAUUAUCAGUCAUUUCUAGGUUAUAAACUGACUAAACUUACAUCAGGGAGAAAUUGGUAUUUAUGCAAAAAAUAAUCUGUUUUAGUUCUUGUGAGUCCAUAAUUAAUCAUGUGGCUGUGAAAUUCACAGUAAUAUGGUUCUGAAUGAACAAGUUUAUCAAGCCUGCUUUGCUUUACUGCAUGAAUGAAACUGAUGGUUCAAUUUCAGAAGUUCUGUGGUCACAUGAUGUGCAUAUAGAUAGCUAGGGUGUAACAAUUUACACUAUUUUGUGCUCCAAACAAAACAAAACAAAAAAAUCUGUGUAAUUGAAACUAUUUUACCUGAACUAGAUUUUAUCUGUAGGUAGAUUUUUUUGCUAUGCUGUAACUUGUUGUAUAUUCUGGUAUUUGAGGUGAGAUGGCUGCUCUUUUAUUAAUGAGACAUGAAUCAUGUCUCAAAAGAAACUAAAUGAACAUUUCAGAAUAAAUUAUUGCUGUAUGUAAAACUAUUACUGAAGUUGGUAUUUGAGGGUGUUAUUUCGUAUUUGUAUUGUUAAAAGGGCCUCUUUUAAAAGCUUAUAUAAACUUUCUCUUCAAAUUCUAUGCAUUAAGAGUAAAAGUUCUCUUACUGUAAUAAAAAUAAUUGGAGCUAUUGGCAUUUAACCAUUCCAUGCAUUGGCACUUAACCAUUCCUGAAUUUUUUUUAAUGUGAUUAGAACUUUUUGAUGUUAGGUACUUUUACCCUUGUGUUUUUUUCUUACUCCCCUGGAAUUCACUUAAAACAAAUUAAUAUAAUAACAAUGUAAACUGCCACAGGACUAGGCAUUGAACAUAAUAGGCCCAUAUAGAAUAUUUCCUUUUCCUUAAUAGAAAUCUAAACUCUAUACUUGAAAAAAAUGAUUAUUCUGAUUGUAAGUAGUCCCUCCCAAGCCUCUAACUGUCUUGUCCCUUCAUCUUCACCCUGUUAACUGGGUUUGGAAUGAGCAAGUUUUAUCACUCUACAUAUUGUGGAAAAUUACAGCAGCCAGGCAUAAGCAGCAUUUUGCCAUGCUCAUAAAAUGCUAAUCCUGUGGAAUGUUAGUUAGAUUUAAUACCAUUAAGAUAUUUAAAACACUAUUUCAAAACCCCUGCCUGUUAAGGAAGAUUGUUUUUGGUGAGUAGAGUUCUGGGUUGUGUAAGAACAGCAAGGAAAGUCCUCCUUCACAAAGAGAGAGAAUUUGAUAACACUUAGCUAAUUUAACUUGUCUUCUCAGAAUGUGUUCUAAAAGAAUAGAGAACACAAAUAAUAAAUUUUCUCUGGUGAAUAAAUGAACUUUUUUUUUUUUAAUGAUCAAAUUCAUGCAGUUUGCAUUUGGGAAAUGGAAAGGCUAUUUAGGUGUGAUGGUGCCCUGGGAAAGGUUGUGGAAAGGAGUACAUACACCUCCCUGCUGCUCUUGAGUUGUUAUCACAUGUAGUGAGGCUGAUUUUUUUAAGACAGAAUUGCUAUUUAAAGUUUAAAAAAGGCAUUUGACUUUAAAGUAUACACUCUUUCCAAUGUGCCUCAUUGCAAACACCGCGAUUUACUAAUCUUUGGAAUAUAUCUACUUUUAAAUUUUUGUCAAGUUUUAUCUGAAUGAAAGUUUGUGAAUACUACUACUAAUUUAUUAUAUUUAUACUGCUCUAAAAGGCUGCCUUAUCCAACAAGGAUAGAUAUAUGCAUAUAAGUUAUAUUUCUUUUCUCUUUUAAUUCUGAUUUUCUAUUUUUCUGAAUUACAUGCUGAUUUUUAUAAACCACUUUAAAUGCUUUUAUGGAAAGAGAUGGAAUAUAAGCCAAUUAGAAUAAAAUUGUCUUUUCAAGGAAAAAAAAAUCAAUGCUGACAAUGAAAAAAGGGUUCCCUCAUGUGCCAGAAAACUUACAAAUCCCUGUAGGCAACACCUAUUAGGUAAAGACCAGUCCAAAUAGCCAUUGAAGAAAAGUUGGUUUACGAAAUCUUUUAGUUAGAGAUAAUGACAGAAUUGGUAAAGGGACAAAUCUCAGUUCUACUUUGAGAAAUUCACAGGGUGCUGCUGUGACAGUAACAAGCCAAAUAUUUCCAGUUUAUGCUUAUUACAAGCAGUAUACUGACCAAGUAUUGGAGGAUAAGUUAAGAAUUAUGAUGCCUAUUAAGAGAAGUAGGGCAAAUGGUCCUUUCUAGCUUUGACUGCAACAAAGAACUCCAAAGGCAGUAGAGUGCAUUUGAAUCAUGAGUCAUGCUUAUUAAGAUACAACAGGGCUACCCUCCUAUAGUUUCAGACUUGAAUGGGGCCCAAAAAUUUGCAGGUUCAACAAGUUCACGGAUGAUGAUUGGUGCUGGUGGUCAGGGAACCACUUUUGAGAACUGUUGCUCGAAGGUAUAACAUGAAGCUCCUUCAGUGAUUACCUUGUUACAUCCAUUUAUCUCAACAAGUGGACCUUCAAACUGACAAAAUUAUACCAACAGAUUCACUUCCCUCUCCUAUAGGCAUGAAAGAUUUGAAUAUUGAAUGAUACACUGGUAUAGCCAAUUUCAUCUUCCAAUAGUGGACAGAUGUACCUGAUGUGAAUGAUUUUAAGAGGUCAGCUGACAUAUCCUUUGAAACUGUUAUUUUAAAGGCAAUAGUUUCAGCAAAUGUCUAAUGUGUUUGCUUUAGUAAAGUCAAGAGAAUAUAAGAAAUGAUCUUUCACAUGAGGGAAGAUUGAUUAAAGGAAAAUGUGCCCAAUUUGUUAAUAAAGAGUGUGAGUGAUUAGCAACAAUUACUAUGACAAAUCAGAUUGGUAUAUGAGGAUAAACUGUUACCUGAACACAGGAAGGAAAAAUGACAGAAGAAUAAUGAAAUAAAAGAUAAGCCCAGAGAGAGCAAAUAACAUAGAAUAGUCAAAAAUUGUUUUGAUGAUGUAAAAUACAGAUUAUGCUAAUACAAAGUUAAGUGAAGGGAUAGGUCUUAGGGUGAAAAUCAGUUGUAUGCUAUAUCUGAAUUCAUGUUUUAACAGGGUUUCCUUGUAUUUAAGAUAGGAAAAGAACAGUGUGCCAUAAAUGCAGAAAAUAUGUUGUCAAAGUGCUAAAGAAAGAUUUAAGUAGUCAAAUGAUUAAAAUUUACCAAACAAAAAUAAUUUUUCAAAAGUCAAGCUUACCGAAAUAGGGUUUAUAAAUUACCUUUUUUAUUCUAAUGGGCAUCUCCCUGAUACUUAUGCUGACUUUAAGAUAUUACUUUAUAGUCUUGACACCUAUGGACUUUGACUCCUGUAAACACUACGUCCUUUUCCUGCUGUGCUCAUAACUGUUCUGUGGUCUAUAAAACUAUAUUCUGGUUUUUGUUAGGCCAUUGAUACUUCUUUCAACCUGUAUGUUCUAUGUGUAAAAUAUUGUUCUUGGUGCUAAAUAUACUUUGUUUCUUCUAAUAUUCAGGAUAAUUCUCUACAUUUGUGACUAUUAUUUUCUUAAAGCUUUGUGAUUGUUACUUUUUUCAAAUUAAAAUUACUCAA